AUGCUGCUCCCGUCGGCGCUUUUCAUAUUCCUCAUAAGUUUUUCGGGUAACUUUUUUUGGAAGAUUGUAAAUUAAUGAAUAAAAAUAAAUUUUAGGCGCAACUUUUGCGGCAUAUGAUUAUGAAGUACGUGGAAACAUCGACCUGAUUUCAAAGUUUGAUGUGGAUGAAGAAUAUUUCGAUGUGAAAGGUUUUGGAGCUAAACACGAAUUAGCCGAACAACGAUUUUUGGAUAUUUUUGGACAGGAUUUUGAUGGUUUUGAGAUUUUUGAUGUGAAAAUUCACGGAGAAAAGACUGCGGUUUUCCACGCAAUUCUAUCAUUGAAAAAUGAAAUUUCUCGCGAGACAAUCAUCGAAAAAAUCCAUGAUACUUCAGACAUCCAGAUUUAUUUCCUCAGAAGAUCAGAACUCUCAACAAGAACAAAGUUCGGAAGAUUUGCAGUUCCAAAACAAGAUGACGUCACAGCUUGCGUCAACGGCGGAAUCUUGUUGCCAAAUGCAACUUGUGCUUGUCCACCAUAUCGAUCGGGUCCAACAUGUGCAAUAAUUUCCUGCAGAAACAGUGGAAUUGCUGAAAAUGGCAGAUGCGCUUGCCCACCUGGAAUCUACUCAGAACAUUGUGAAGCUAGAACUUGUGUUGCAAAUAUCGCAAGUUCUGUAGAUUUGUCGUGGCCAAGUGUAGUUCUCGUUGUGAACACUCGAGCUAGUAUGGCUUACGAUUUGAAUACGAUUAUUGAGAAUUUGCCGACACUUGUGGAUGAUUAUAAUAAUAAUGGAGUUUAUCCAAUGAAUUAUAUUUUGACUGUUUAUAGAACUAGUGGUGAGUUUGAUCUUUAGAACUCCCUAAAAGUCUAACCAUCCUGGUCCAUAUCCCAAGUCUAGAAGACUAGAACCGGAAUUCUCAAAAUUUCAAAACUUUAUCAAAAAUCCACGUGUUUGUUAAUUAUGCAAUAGAUACCUUAUCUUAUAGAACUUUUGAUUAUUUUUUGGAAAAAAAGAAAAAAUUAUGAAUUUUCAUGAGAUAAAAUUGCAAAUGAUGUCGUGAAAAUAAAUUUUAAAAAUUUCAUUCUCACGUGGAAUUUCUUCGAAUUUACAAAAACAACUCAGCACUUGACUCUGUAGACUGACUGUACAAAUUGAAGAAGUGUGAAUACAGCGAAUAAACGAUGUACCUACACUUUUUUUCCCGAAAAUCGUAGGUUCAUUUUAUCUUCAGCGUAGCUACGAAAAAAAUCAAAUUCGUAGCUACGCAGAUGAUAAAUCGUUAUUACGCACACCUGAAAUUCUGACGAGAGCUGCCAAGCGUCACACAAUCAGAGAUGAAAACGUAGGUACAGCGUAUCUACGCUGUACCUACACAAUUCUCGGACAGAAAUGAAGUGAAGUGACCGCUCUAUAUUAUUUUUGAAUCCGUAGCUACGCCGUUGCUGUUCUGUAGCUACUUUGUAGAUAAACGGAUGUUACUUAUGUGCAAUUCUCUCUUCCCCGUUUUCGAACAAAGUAUCAACGAAAUUUGUACAGUCAGUCUACAGAGUCAAGUGCUGAGUAAUACGAUUAUUCAUUUCCAAUUCUUAAUUAUUGACAAAAAUGUGAGCCACCUUCCUUCGAAAUCCCCCAAACUCAAUUUAAUCCUUCAGGCUCGGUCUACUUCAUGGAAACCACCGUUUUCUCGCUCUCCGAUGAUCUCAUCAGUUAUCUUCAACAUGUUGUUCUUGGCGCUUCCAGUGACGAUCAACCACACAUCGAUGCUCUCUACGCUGCUCAAUCUUCUAGCAACAAUAUUCGCCCACAAUCCACUGUUUAUUUCUUUGCUGAUUCUGAGAAUCGCGAUGCUCCAGUUCCAUCUACAAUUUUGAGCCAGACCACCGAAAGUCUUUUGAUUCAACAAACUCUCGCCUGGCGCAAUCGCAUAGUUUUGGUGAUUUCUCAAUGGCCAACUUCUCCAAUCACUCCAGUUGGAAAUUAUUUCGAUGUUCUUCGUCGCGUUGUCACCGCCACUCAUGGAGAUAUCAUUUCAGUUGAUAAAACCGAAUUGACUGAAAUUAUCAGCCAUCUUUUCUAUUAUUAUAUCAACGGACAAAACACAUUUGUUCAAUAUUACAAUAAUUUGAAUAAGACCAUCCCAUUAUUAUCUGAUAUCAAUUCAACAAAUUCGUACAUUUUGCUGACAGUUGAAAAUGGUGUAUCUGUUCCAAAUGUUCAAGAUGUUUCUGGAAAUGUAUUGACACCUGUGUCAAGUGGAUCACGCUAUGCACUUUAUCGUACACAAUUAUCAGUCACUAGUCAAGUCACAGUUAUUAGUGCCAAUUCUACACAUAACACUCGUGUUUGGUUCCAAUCAACAGACACUGUUCUGAUCUCAUAUUCCAAUGAUGAUUCAAUCGAUAAUGGAUAUGCUUAUACUUUCAGCGCUUUCAAUCAAAGACCAACGUUAUAUUCAACUUUUGCAGGAACUUCAAGUGUUCAAGUAUCUCGUUUAGAUUCUGUCACUUCUAAAGUCACUCUUGGAGCAGCAAUUUCUACUACAAGAUCUGAUAGUUGUAUCUUCCCAUAUCAAUUUGAUAUUGUUCCAACUAGUCUUGAUGGUCCAUAUGUGCAUAAUGUUGUUGUAUCGACAGCCAGUGGAACUUAUUAUCGUGCAAUUCCUGGAUAUUCUUUUGUCCCGCAAAAUCAAACCGGACCAGCUUUCAAUUGUCAAAACAAUGGAACAAGAUCUGGAACAACGACUUGUCAAUGCACAUCGAAUUUUCGUGGGCAAAAAUGCGAGAUUCCAAAUUGUCAAAAUGGCGGAACUGUUGACAACUUCCCCAAUGGAAAUGGUAGAGGUUACUGUAUCUGCCCAUUCGGUGUAACUGGAUCGUUCUGUGAAAUUAGUGAGUAAUAAUUUUUUUAAUAGGAAAUUGUAAUAUUUCAAUGCUCUUGGAUAUUAAAAAAUUAAUUAAUUUCAGUAAACUGCUCUUCAAUGUCUCCUGAUCAAUUCGAAUCCUAUGAUAGAAGUUUUGCCUUGGUUGUUCAAAAUUCUUUAUCUGCAUCCACUUCACUUACAGGACUUACAAAUGGCCUCAAAAUCAUGUUGAAUAACGGAAAUUCAACUGAUUUCAGUGAAUUCAUUUUGACAACAUACAAAAAUCGAUUGGUUGGCAAAGAUGUUUUACCAGAGGUUUAUUCGUCGUCCACAACUUCUGCUGGAGUUUUCUUGAAUCAGUCAACUUUCGACAAUAUUGGAUAUGCUUAUUCGCCAGCUGGAGCGCAACCUGGACUUUUAGCACUUGAAACAACUUUGAAAUCUAUGAGUUAUGAUAAAUCGUCAAUUUUCUUCUUUACCGAUUCGACAUCAACAAUUAAUAUCGGAUCUGCCAACUUUUCUGAUAUUGUGUAAGUUUUCCGCUGGUUCUCUCGCCUUUUUCUGUUUGUCGCGCGUAAAAAUAGAUCAAAAACACGGAAUUCAAGAAGAAAAACCAUAAGAAAAAGUUUAAAAAAAAAUGGAAAAUGAAUAAAUUUUUGACUGGUAUUGAAGCGCGAAUAAGUUUUGCAUUUCGAUUUCUCUGUUUCUCUUCAAAUUUGCAAUUCAAAAAAGCGUGCGUUCUGAACUGUUUUUUUGAGCUAAUGGUUUUACCUCUCAAUAUUUAUCUGAAUAUUUCAGCCAAAAUGCAGUUGAGCGUCAAAUUGAAAUCUCAAUAAUUGUCGUUGCUCCAUACGGUUCUCAAAGCACAUGCCUCUCAUCUGGAAAUUAUCAAAUCUACGAACUCCUCGCAAUUCAAACCGGCGGAAACUUCAUCAAUUUGUGCCAACCUUACACAACAUCUGGUGACCCGGUUUUCAAUGUGAGAUAUCCUCACCUCAAGUUUUUUUCGUAAACUCUAAUAAUUUUCAGUUCGUUGCAUCUUAUGGUCUUAGCCACCAUCACACCGAGGUUGUAUAUUACAAUGUUAUCCCAGAUUGUACCAAUUAUUUGUCAAUGCCUUUUUAUGUGUCAAACGUUAACGCUGAAGUCAACAUCGUUGUCUAUUCUCGUUAGUUGAAAUUUUUAUCACUAUUUUUAUUGGAAUAUUUUCAGACUCUGCUCAAAGUUUUGCCGCGCAAGCUGUUGAAUUCCUUCCACAAAUUCAGCAAAACUUGACAGCCGAUGCUCAUUCGGUUCCAUUUUUCGCAAGUUUCCCAUUGAAAAUCUCAGCUAAUUCAACUUUAUCGUGAGUUAAUUUUUAAAAAUGUUCUAGACAGAGUUUACCGGAAAUGAAUUAUAAUAAAUCAAAAUCUUUUCAGAUACACCGUGAACAUCCAAGCUUCCGCGCCAGGACAAUGUUUCCUCAGAAUCACCGAACGCAGUCAAUUUUCAGUCUAUCUUGGAUUCUCACCAGAUCCAUCAGUUGAUAGAUAUUCGAAAUAUUUGACAUACGCCACUCAUCAAACACCAGUUGUUCAUUUGUCUUCAGUUCUUCAGACUGAUCCACAAGUUGGUCUUGAUGUCUAUGACAACAUCGGAAAUAUUUUAUACACAUCUGGAGGAGUCAAAAGAACAUCUGGAUGCAAAUAUGAAUAUGUUGAAUCAAAACCGUUUGUGUGUGCGACUGCUGAAUCUACUUUCACAAUGGAUGUUACAGUUGUAACAAGUCAGGUUACCAUUCAACGAACUCAAAGAGCAUACUGUGGAAACUUGCAAACCUGUCUGAAUGGAGGAAUCCAACUCGCCAACCAAUGCGCGUGCCUUGAUGGUUACAUCGGUUUGAACUGUGAGAUUCCACAAUGUAAAAAUGGUGGAACUGUCGUGGAUUUCAAAUGUUUCUGUCCAACCGGAUAUGAUGGAGAUCUUUGCCAAUAUAUCCAAUGCCACAAUUGGAAUUUUAUUGAGACACAUGAUCCAAGAGAAAGUAGCUUCACACAAAUCACUUUUGUUGUUGAAGUUAAUACAAAUACUAUGGCAAUUGCUAAUAGUAUUCUGAAAUUAAAUAUGGCUAACUUCUUCAAUGGAACUGACGAUGUUAACAGGCCAAAGGUUUAUACAUUGAUCACUUUCGAUGAUGUUGAUGUGAAUGUUGUUGUAUCGAGUGCACACCGUGAUGUUUUCCUUGCUGCUUUCAAUAAAGCUAUGACAAUUGACACCAAGACACCAACAACUGUUAGAUCAUUGGCUGCGUUACGAAAAGCUUUUGACACUGCAGUUGAUCUUCCAGGAACAAUCAAUCUUUUCACCUCAGUUGGUCCACAAAUUGAAAAUGUUCUUGACACUGUUAAACAACGUUUUGGAAUUCAAGUCAAUCUCAUCUAUAUGGGAACUCAAGCUUCACAAUAUCUUCCAGGAAAUAUUAGUCCAUAUCUUGUUGCUCCAGCUCGCCAAUCGAAUGGUCGAAUCAUCACUUCGAAUACUGCAUUCACGAAAAAUGUGUUGACUGCUCUUCAAAAUGGUAUCAAUGAAAAUCAAUUGAUUCUCGAUGAUGCGGCAAAAGAUUGUUCGGGCACUUAUGUCUUCACAUUCCCUGUUGAAUCGCUUGCUACCGGUCUUGUACUCGUUGGAACUGGAUCAAGUAUCAAAUAUGUUGUGAGAGAUGAAAACAAUAAUGUUGUUGAUUUCUCAAGCACCACAACUUUAUCCGAUGUUAAUGCAGUUAUUGCAAAUAUUAAUACUCAAGGACAUCAAGCAGGAUAUUGGAAUAUUUCUGUAUCUGCCGCUGGAUCAUGCUAUCUUCAAGCUAGAACAAUCACUCCACUUCAACUUAUCCCUGGAUUUACCAGUGAUCAACAAGAAGAUUUUGUAAGCACUGUACCAAGAGUUGGAGCCGGAACAUCAUCUCAAUCUUAUGUAACUUUCCGUAUUCAAGAUAGUUAUGACUCCUCAAAACCAAACUAUGGGUCAAAUGUGCUUUCGGUUGAAACAAUCGCAACUGAUCUCGAAUCACCAUGGCUUGCACCACAAACCGUUGGAUAUUAUUCUGCACUUUCACGUGAUCCUGUUGGAUGUGCUAGCCAAUAUGUGACACCUCUUAUUAGUUGGCCAGAAACUUAUGAAAAGUUUUUGAUCACCGGAGUCGAUCAAAAUCAAGCGCCAUAUCAACGAACAUUCUUCUUCAACGCUGUUGCAAAAUCAACAGAUUGUUUGAAUGGCGCAACUGUAGAUCAAUAUGGUUUUUGCCAAUGUGACUCAAAUCAUUCAGGAAGUUUGUGUCAACGCCGAGUUUGUCAAAACGGAGGAACAAGUGCUUAUGGAACUUGUGAUUGUCCAAAUGGUUAUUAUGGUUUAUACUGUGAGCAAUGUAAGUUAACCUAAACUGUCUCAAAAAUAUAAUAAGGUUUUUAUUUUACAGAUUUCCAAUACACAUCAUCAUGA